CGGCUCUAGCGGAGUGACGUCAUUGGGUACCGCACCGCUCUCAUGACAUCAUCUCGUUUUGCGUCAGCGGUGCCUUUACCAUUCAAAUCCCGUUGUAGUCAUCUUCCCGUAUGUCUGUUACUCGGACACGUUGUGCCGGUAAAUGGAAAGAAAAGGAGCUGGGCCAAGUCAACUGCCCGCAUCCAUCAGUUCUGUGGGAUCUUCAGGUGUCCUAGAUCUGUCCUGUACCUAUGAUAUUACAGACCAGAUUCUACAACAGGAAUCCCCUUGUGAAUUGCAGGAAGAUAGUCUGAGCCCACUUGUACCCCCUGUCUCAUCUCUACCGUUCUUGGGAAAUGCAGGAUCUGAACUGACCUCAUCUGCCUCAGACCCACUAAUGGGAGAUGCAUCAAGCACUUCACAUCUGAUUAAUUAUGAAUCACCAUCAGAAAACAACCCGAAGUUUACAGAUAAUGCUGAAAUCCGAAUGAGCUUGGAUGCGUUUUAUGAACUGGGUAACCGGCAAGAAUUCCGUAGGAGUAACAAACUUCCCAACACAACUUUCCAUCAGCUUUCAAUGAAAAUAUCCGAGCUGCACGCUUGCGGAAACCUCUAUGCACUGCGCUGCCUUCAGCUGGCCAAAGUUAUUGUAAAUCAAGAUGAAAUUGACCUUCUCCAGAAUAAAGCCCAAGAUGCCGUGUUCUCAUCACCAGCAUGUAAUGAAACAGCCGCAGAUAAUAAAUCCAUACCCGGCUUGUCAGAAGAUGUGAGACGUUAUAUUGUUAAUCACAACAAAAAGUAGGGGGGGGUGUUGUGCUUUUAGAAUUCAUUUUACAGGAAUGAAAAUUGGACGUUGAUUGACUGUAAAGAGGUUCUAUCAUCAUAUUAAACAAAUUGCUUUUCA